ACCUGGUUUGAAAGAUAAUGACGAUUUGCGAGUGUGUCGAUUAGAAUUGGCCAAAGUUGCUGUUUUCGCUUUGCUGCAACCGCAUCCGCAUCCGCCGUGAGACGGCAUAAUUUCGCAGCGGCACGCGGACCGAAUUCGUGACAAGCAGUUACUCGGGAUAGCUCCUCGAGGGGGAUAAAAAUAAACCAUGAACAAGGAAGCUGCCGAGGACUGUGUGGAACGGGCCGUAAAGUACCUGGCCGAGGGGAAGAUAGAGAAAGCGGAAAAGCUGCUAAGCAAGUCGAUUUCACUCCAUUCGACCAAACGGGCGGAAGAACUGCUGAGUAAGAUCAAAUGUGGAGCGUAUGCGGAAAAUGCCACGUCCGGUAACACUUCGGACGACGGUGUGCGGCAGCGCAGUGCGGCCAAAGGAGACGCGCCAAAGACGGAAAAAAGCAACGAAACGGUUGAGUACACACCGGACCAGCUUGAGGCGGUGAAACGGAUUAAAAAGUGCAAAGAUUACUACGAAGUGCUGGGUGUUACGAAGGAUGCAACCGACUCGGAUAUUAAGAAGGCGUACAAAAAGCUGGCAUUACAGCUGCACCCGGACAAGAACCAUGCCCCGGGUGCGGUGGAAUCAUUCAAAGCGAUCGGUAACGCUGUGGCCAUCCUAACGGACGCGGAGAAACGAAAGUCGUACGAUCUGUAUGGCUCCGAGGAGCACCAUCAACCAACCACGCGCCGAACACGCUAUCAGUAUGAUUACGCGUAUUCGCGUGGCUUCGAAACGGAGUUCACCGCCGAGGAACUGUUUAAUAUGUUUUUCGGCGGCGAAAUCCCGACGCAACACGUUUACACACGCCAAAGACGGUUUCAUCGAGCUGAACAACAACAGUAUCGUGAGCCACAAUCGGGUUUUGCAGCAUUCAUCAACCUUCUGCCCAUCAUUCUGCUUAUUGCGCUGUCGAUGAUGUCUUCGUUCUUCAUUUCGGAUCCAAUCUACAGUCUCACUCCUAGCCAGAAGUUUUCGGUGCCCCGCAAAACGAAUCAACUGAAAAUUCCGUACUACGUAAAGGAAAAUUUCCACUCCGAGUAUCAGGGUUCCGUUGGUCGGCUGGAAGCAUCGGUAGAGGAAGACUAUCUAAACAGUCUAAAACAUUCGUGUUACCGAGAGCGAAAUUACAAGGACACUAUGCUGACGAAGGCGCGAAACUUUGGCGAUCGGGACCUGUACCAGAAGGCGCAAAAUAUUAAUACACCGUCUUGUGAAAAGUUGCAAAACUUGCACAACUAGUCAAAUGGAGUUAAAUUAUUUUCUCUUGAUUUCUACUUCGUAUAAACGUUCAACCCAACCAUCGAUGUCCCAGGUGUGUGUUCGUAUUUGUUUUUGUUCAUCUUCAACGGGUGGUUCCUUGUUCCUUGAUUAAAUUUGGAGACAGUAGCGAAAUGCCAGAUCGCAGAUUGUGGUACUCCCAUCUUCGAUGAUUCGAGCUCCCCGUUUGUGAUGUUCCCAUGGAGACCAGCUGAUACGGAGCUGGCGAUUUUGCAUGCAACCAACCGAAUAGCCAAUAUCAGCGGACGUACGUAGUACUGUGACGUUAACGAAUUGCUGUUUUUAUAUUGCUGUAGGAAAGCGACAGUGGAAAUGAAGACGAAAAAGCACUUUAACUAGAAGCAUAAGUAGGAAGGUGUGUAGAUAAUUUAUGAAAACGCUCUUGAUUCAAAAUAAAAACAAAAUAAACUCAAAUAAACACGACGAAUGCGUACGGGAU